UGUACUCUGGGCUAUGUUAAAAUAACAAGAAAUCCAGACUUUUUAAUUUUCAGCUCACACAUUUAAUUCACAAUGGCCAAGAAGACAUACGAUUUGUUGUUCAAGCUGCUCCUGAUCGGCGAUUCGGGCGUCGGCAAAACCUGCAUCCUCUUCAGAUUCUCCGACGACGCAUUUACUUCAACAUUCAUAUCGACAAUUGGAAUCGAUUUCAAAAUUAAAACUGUCGAAUUGCGCGGCAAGAAGAUAAAACUCCAGAUAUGGGAUACUGCGGGCCAGGAACGAUUCCAUACCAUCACGACCUCCUACUACCGCGGUGCCAUGGGUAUCAUGCUGGUCUACGACAUAACGAACGAAAAAAGUUUCGAAAAUAUCGUAAAGUGGCUGCGAAAUAUUGACGAGCAUGCGAACGAAGACGUGGAAAAAAUGAUUGUCGGCAACAAAUGCGACAUGACGGAGAAACGGGUGGUCAGCAAGGAGCGCGGCGAGCAAAUUGCACGCGAACACGAUAUCCGGUUCAUGGAGACGUCCGCUAAAACCAACAUUAACAUCGAACGGGCUUUCUGCGAUUUGGCGGAAGCGAUUCUCGAUAAGACAGCUGGCGAGCAACCCGCAACGGGACCAUCGGGCUUAGUUAAUCCAAAUGCUGAUUCGGGAGUCACGCACAGAAAUUGCUGCUCGUCGUAAACGAAACCUUCAAAAAAAGAAAAAAAAAGCUUAGCUUUGUGAUGUUUUUAUAUAAAAUACAUGUAAGGAAAAGUUUUUGCCCGCCAUUGUUCUUGCAACAUUGCAAUAAUGUUCUGUGCAACUUUCUGCGAUUUAUUCAUUCUAUUUCAACAAAAAUACUUAUAAUUUUUAUUACUUAUCUAUCGUAAUUGUUCAAUACGAAAAAAAUAUUAUUUUUAAUUAAUUUACGCUUCAAAUGUGAAGUGAUUUCCUAUUAUUAAGGCAAUUGCAAUUAGCAAAAAUGUUUUAUACUUUUUAAUUUUUUCUAAAAGUCUCGAAAGAAAUAAUUUUUUUCUCUCU